AUGGUUUUUUUCUCUGCCAUGAUGGAGCUUCUCCACGGCUCGUCUCCAGCGAGCGUACGGAGCUCCGUGCCGGUCGAGCUGAUGUCACCGAUCACGAGCCGAUACGUGGCCGAUGACCAACACACAGAACACACAGUCUACAUCCUGACAAUAUUGUCUCUCACCUUUGCUUCGGUCAGCGUCGUCUCGACAUUAUCCACCCUCUACUGGUUUGUCAAGAUGAGGCGAAGUUUCCGGCACGAGUUGAUCUUGUUGCUUGUCCAAAGUGACUUUGUCAAGUCCGCCGCCUUCGUUGUCUUUCCGCUUGUCAGCUUAUAUCACGGGACCAUCGAGUCGGAUUCAGCUUUCUGCCAGUUCAGCGGCUUUGCCCUCGCCAUCGGCAUCGAAUCCUCAGAUGUCGCCAUUCUACUCAUUGCGCUGCAUUCCGUCAUGUAUAUAUUCCGACCGAAAUCUGGCCUCUACCCUUACCGACACUUGGCAUACUCGGUCUUUUACCUGUUUCCAGUUUCCACCGCUUGUUUGGCUUUUAUCAAUGGCAACGGGUUUGAGAAUGUGGGACACUACUGCUACCUCCGGACCGACAAUGGUUGGUCCAGGCUGGCACUGAGCUGGAUACCACGGUAUCUGAUAUGUGCCAGCAUCAUUGGUAUAUACGCUUUUAUUUACAUCUACAUCAGGAAGCGGAUGGACGACUAUGGGAGAAGGAGUUCCACUAGUCUGCCGCCUCCACGGCAAAUGAGCGGUGCGGAUCAAACAUAUCAGCAACCAGACGGACACCAGCGACAGCUCAGCUCCCCCGCAUUAACGCUACCGCGAAUCUCUUACCACGGACUUAUUCCAUCGACACCCAGUUCGAAACGAACCUCUACUACUGACACGAUCAACCUCGUGAAGACGCGGCAAAUGUCCGCAUCCUCCGUCGGCACGUUGCGGGUGGAGGACACAGGAAACACCGAGUCCUCUUUUGCGGGUGGUUCCCCGUCUAGAACACCGGUUUCUCAGCCCAGGCGGUCGAUCCAAUGGAACUGGGGCGGCUUCAACCAGGCAACCACAUCACCAGACGUGUCAAUCGACGACAUGCAGGACCCUCUGUCGGUGGUGGAUCCAGGCUUACCCUCACCGCCACCGGCGGCUCACGCGGCCUCUCCUGUCUCCGCCGUCCCAAUAGCAGGGCAACAGUCUCUCCGGCGCGCCACGGUGCUCGGCGAUCCAUACCCAGCAUCCUCACCGAGUGACACUUUCUUCGACCGACCUCUCUACGCGACCGCCCCCGGCAGUCUCGACCCUGCCGGGGGGCAUUCUCGGUAUAGCACCAGCACCUCGAGAGCGACCAACAACAGCAAACGGGUCCUCUCCCUCCCUAACAUCUUUACUAUGCUCCGCCGCGGACCCUCCAACCGUUCCUCCGCCGCGGGCACACUUUUGUCGGGUGGAACUCGCACAACAACACAGACCAACACGGCGGGAAACUAUCCCGUGGGGGCGACCUACCUUAACGCCUCCACUCUAGCGUUUGAGCCCGCCGGCGGCAGCGACGUGAGCAAGAACCGGGAGAAAAUCCGCCGCCAAUUACGGUCACUUUUCGUAUAUCCUCUCGUGUACAUGAUCAUCUGGACCUUUCCCUUUGUGAGCCACGUCAUGGGGUAUGAUGACUCGGUCAAGAAGAACGACCCGCAGUGGUUGCUGAUUCUGGGGAUUCUGAGCCUGAGCGUGCAAGGAAUGGUAGACUGCAUGCUUUUUGCGGUGAGGGAGCAGCCGUGGAGGCAUGCGAGUGGACGAAAGGUGGGGGAGGUGGUGAGGAAGCGGUUGGGGUAUUAUUUUGGGUGGGCGGGGAGUAGCACGAAGGCCGGGGGGGGGACCACGGCGGGCAGAACGAGGGAAGAAAUGCUGGUGGAUGGGAGGUUGGCGAGGGAAAGGAGGGAAGGGGAGAUUUUGAGUGAGAGGCGGGCUAUAAAUAGGGGGGUUAGGGCGGUUCAUGCACGGGAGAGGGAGUGGUGGGAUGUGGAUUUGGAGAGGAUAGGGAUAGAUAGUGAUGAGGAGGAAGACGAGCCGGAGGGGGAAGAGAUGACGGCGAAGUCAACGCCGAUGAGGGUUCAUUCUGGAAGGAGAAGGGAAAGAGGGGAGAGGAGUCACAGUGCGGCGGUUUGA